AUGAAUAGAGCUAGAGGGGGAGGACGUCGUGGUUUUGGUGGAAGAAGUGGGUCGGGAUUUGGUCGACCGAAUUUCUCAAAAACUCAAAGGAAGGUUCAUUUUGAUUUUGAUUUGACAUUUGGACAAUUGCUAGAACAAGAAAAUAAAGAAAAGGCUAAAAAUGUAGAGCAUGUCGUUGAAAAUGAAAUAGAAAAAUAUGCCGAGAUAGAACCAUUUCAGGAAGACGAAGAAUAUGGGGAUGCUACGGAUUAUGUUGAAAGUUACUUUGAUAAUGGAGAGGCGGAUGAUGCAUUUGAUGACGAUGGUGGUGGAGGAGAGGCGUAUUUUGAUUAA